UUUGUGAUGAAGUCAUGAUGAUGAAUCUCCCGGUCCGGGACAGAAUCAUCAGUUUCGGACUCCGGAGUCCGGAGCCUCCUCAGCUCCUCUUCAUAUUCCUUAAGGAAGGAGCAGCGAGAGGAACAAUUAAGUGUUACUGCUUCUGAGUGCGCAGUCAAAAUGGUUGACAAAGAAAUUCUUGCGAAGCAUAGCGAGCUCUCGGUUCUCAGGACGGAACAGACGGCCAUAGCGAAGUUGCUGAAGAUGUACAAGCACUCCCUGUUGUCACUGAAGAUAGAGGAAAUGGAACUGCGCAACAGGAUUGAACAACUGCCUGUGAAAACCAGAUUAAGGUCACAAGAAGAGGGAAGGACUGAUGAGGCCUGUGCUACGUCACGAUACAACAAAAGGCAGGGAGUAAAAGAAGAAAAAGAGGAAGGAAAAGAAGAAGAAGAAGAAGAAAACGAAGAAUCCAAAGUCACAGUUAUUCAUCCAGUAACAGAAGUGUCACUGCUAGAUGAAUUUUACAGUGAUCAGUCAAAAGAUGGAAUUAUCACGUUUUUAACGGAUGACUUUCUGAAAGACCAGGAAAUGGACGAAGAUAUUCAACUCUUCAACCCAAGUGAGCAUAUAAUAACCAUAGAGGAACAGCAGCAGAUCAACAGUACUCCGUUGGAUCUGGAAAUUCACGGGUUCAGGCAACUUGCAGAACUGUCAGGAGAUUGGUCUCAAGAGGAGGACGAUGAAUGAGCAGUCGAAUCAUCUGACGAGGAGCUGGGAAGAGGAACAUUACCAAACGGAGGACAUUAAUUUACUGAAGGAAAUGAAGAAGGGAGGCGACACAACUAAAAAUCAUUGUUUUCGUAGAGGUUCUAAAGUGUCUUUGUAUCUUGAAAUAUAUGAAGUAUACCUUUGUCUCGUGAAGGAUCGGAAGUGUGUCUUCGUGUGGUAGUAUUUGUGAAAUAAUGUAUUCAUGUUGCGUCGUGAAAAUUCUGGAGUACCUAUACCUUUGCAACAUGAAGAAUCUGAAAUUUGUUAUCAGUUGUUGAAGUAUCUGAGAUGUCUUCAGUAGUUGAGGGAUCUGAAAUGUCAAUAUGAUGAAGGCUCUGAAAUAUAUCCUUAUUACGAAGGACAUGAAUCAUGUCCAUAUUAUGAUGGCUCUGAAAUGUAUCCAUAUAUUAUGAAGGACUGAAAUGUGUCUUCGUGUUAUGAAAAAUCAGAGUUAUGCUUUCUUGCUCUGUACUGCCUGUUAUCUGUCUGUCUUGGAGGACCUAAAAUUUCUUCUUUUAGUGAAAGAUCAGAAACAUGUCUCAGUGUUAUGAAGAAUCUGAAAUGUCUUCGCGCCUUUUCCCUUACCUCUAAGGAGUCCUCGUCAGGAACUCGCAUGGCCUUCCUCGUCUGCUGGAUGAGGCGUUCCAGUGGCGUCUGCUGGCUCUUGUCGCCCUGGAAAUCAUAUACAGUAUAUAAUCAAUAAGGAAAGAAUUCAUUUGGAUAUUAUGCUUUCAAUACACAGAUGGUGUCCACUUCAAGUUGCCUUACUUUCAGAACAAAGGAGCACGUUGUCUUUGAGUGUUUUACUAAUAGUAAAAUUUUUAAGGAUUUAAUGUUCGUGUCAACCAUGUCUAAAGGCCCAUUAACAUACAGUGAUUAUUUCUACAAUAUAGGAUUUCCAUGAAAGAAGGAAUGAAAAAAAGAGUAAAUAAGUAAAACUAAAUCAAAUCAGGUAUAUGUAAUCUACAUAAACAUCUGUAUGUAAAACUAGAGGUUUAAAAGCAAAAUGGCAGCCUCUCUUGAAUGUAAUGAACACUGAAAGUCCAACGUCUUCUGCUCCCCUAAAUGCUAGGUUGAUGGGAAUGGAUACAGAACAAAAAAAGGCCAGGUUUUGGGGGAAUGAUUUUAAGUGGUAGGAAUUUAAUUACACAAAAAUGUAGAAAGUUCUGGUAGACCCAUUAGAGAACUGGUAUUUGCAGAUGAAUACAAUUGGUAAUGUUAGCCUUACAAGUUAUUAGUGACCUGGAAAAUAAUAAAUGUAUGCAUGUAUACUGCGCAGAGCAUAUAUGUCCCGCAUUUUCAUGAUACCAUUUUCUGUUCCUAUAACAAAUAUUUUAUUUGACUGUUGUCUUAUUAUUGAUUUAAAUUUUAUUACUGAUAUAAUAAAUUUUUAUAUGCAUAAUUGC